CGCAUUGCCCCUUUAUAUUAAAUUCGCAAUUUCAUUGGUGUCCACUGUAGCCAGAACCUGACAAACGGAACACCGCCUUUAGAACGAACUUGUUCACGUCUUCAGAUAUCUUGAUCCUGCACAUAAAGAUUGUUUAGUACUUAACCUGUUUCGAAGUAAGUGUGCAGCCAGAAAUAUGUCGCUGCUCGGGGAGCUAAGACAGUACCGCAAGGACUAUGUCGAGAUUCCACAAAGUGAACAAACUCGAGCCAAAGAAAUAGUGAAAGAAAUCAAACGAGAGUUUCAGCAACACAACAAUGGAUCACCGUACAAUUUUGGACAAAUCGUCCAUCAGGGGAGCUCAUAUGAGGGGUUGAAGGUAAUAAAGGCAGAUGAGUUCGACCUUCUGGUUACUCUUAACUUAAACAACCAUGACUGGAAAAUUACUACUUCAAGCCAACGGGGAACGUCAGGUUAUUAUAUGAUUACAAAGCAGCACGGAUCGUCUGUAGCAACGUUUGAUAAUUUUACCGAGCAAGGCGGAUUAAUUCCAGCAAAAGUCCGCCAGAACAUGCAGUCGGUUGUCCAAAAAGCCGUCAACAGCAUGGGCGGUAGACAUUUCAGUAUCAACCUCAGACCUACUGGCCCUGCCAUCACACUACAUGUCGUCUACGAUUACAGCAAAGAAUUGUCCAUCGACAUCGACAUUGUUCCUUGUUUGCAGCUGAACGGUCGAAGUUUUGUCGCCAAAAGCCCUUCUAAUUCGUUAAGAGAUACCACAAGUAACGUGUAUGAUCGUAUGUGGAGAGAGAGUUUCUCCAAACAAGAGAAGGCAAUAAUCACUCAAAUGGAUGGGAUGAACGAAUGUCGUCGAGAUUGUCUGAAAAUCCUCAAGACAAUUCAAAAGAGGAGAGGAAUAUCGCAAAUUGGAAUGUUGUCAUCAUAUCACCUUAAGACUUGCUUGCUGCAUCUCAACCACGAUCAGCCUAACCUUACAUGGAAUCAGGAAGACCUGGCUGAUAGAUUCAAGGAUCUGCUCAAUACAUUGAUGAAGUUUCUUAAAAAUGGUAGCAUGCCAAACUUCUUUUGCAGUUCAGUGAAUCUCUUUGACCGAUAUGAUCCUGACUCACUGAAAAACAUACUCGCCUGGUUGAGAAAGGCUACACAUGAUGAUAAGAGCAUAAUCGAUCACCUGUUACAAAGGGAUUUUGUGAAGCCUACUCCAGACAACUUUCAGAUUGAGGUCAAAAAUCAAAAUGGCAAAACUAAAACUUACUCUAACAUGCAGAGAUCGACUAAAGUGAAACAACUAAAGGCCAAGAUAAACGAGAAGGAAGGAAUACCCGUAGACCAGCAGCAAUUGACAUAUCAGAGCAGAAACCUACAAGAUAAUCAAACAUUGGGUUAUUAUGGCAUCCAGCAAGGGAGUACACUUUACCUGCUUGGGAGAUUGCGAGGUGGAUAAUCGUGGACAAAUCUAAUUUAUGGCAUAUAUACCCUCUACAUGGCCUAAAUGUUUUGAGAUUAUGAGGUAGUUAAUGUGUUACAAACGUCUAGAUAUAUAAGUCGAUAUCUAUAAAUAGAAUAAGUAAAUGUAUCUACAGUAUAAUAGAUUUAUUUAGUUUGACUGUUGAAUUGCUGCUUUGUAAUUGACCUUUCCGGAGUGUCAAUCAAACUUAACAACUGACUAAUCAGAACAGCGCUAGGAAUACGCACGCGUCUCACAAACACACGUGUUGUCCCACAAACGCACGUGUUGGCGUAUGCUUUAACACUGUCGUCUUGUGGUACCUUAGCAACAAUAUCUAAGGGCCGGGGCUUAGUGGAAAGGUCCAUUGUGCAUGUGGCGUCUUACUUUUAAGGUAAUUAUAUUAUUGAUUAUAUAUAUUAUAUAUACAUAUAUAUCUUAUGUGUAUGUAAAUAUGCUUAUUUGUAUAUAGGCCUAUUAUAUCAAGCUUUUCGUUUUAAACAACCGAUUCUCAUGUAUUUCAAUGUAGAUAUGAAUUAUUAAAUCGUCUAUUAAAAUUCACUGAAUUUUAAUAGACAAUA